UUCAACAAAAUUUCAAAAAUUGGACAAGUGGAAAUCAUAACGUUGAUGAAUUUAUUCAAAAAGCACAAUUAAAAGCUGAAAAUGCGCGACGUAUUGUAGAGUGGAUUGAAUAUGAUAAAUUUGAAGAUGUUGAAUAUUUAGCAAAAGGGGAUUUGGAACUACUUUUAAAGCAGUUUGGAAAGAUGGUGUUGAAUCAAAUAUUUUAGUAUAUUCUACUAUGUGGAUAGUUCGUUGUUUUGGUAUUACCAAAGAUCCAAAAACAAAUAAUUUUAUGAUGGUAAUGGAAUUAAAAGAUGGUGGUUUAAGACAACAUUUGAAUAGCAACUUCAUUUCACUGAAUUGGAUGCAAAAUAGUAUUCAUAAAGAAGGAUUAAUUCAUCAUGAUUUUCAUUGUGGAAAUAUAUUAAGCGAUUUUGAUAGCAAUGCUUUUAUUACUGAUUUGGGAUUGAGUCAGCCGGCAAAUGUCAAAUCCUCUCAAAAUAAUAAUAAAAAAAUAUAUGGAGUAUUACCUUAUGUAGCUCCAGAAGUUUUAAGAGGGAAAGAAUAUACUCAACAAAGCGAUAUUUAUGGAUUUGGAAUCAUUGCAUAUAAAAUUUGUACAGGACUCCCUCCUUAUUAUUAUAUAGCUCAUGAUGAAUUCUUAGCAAUGAAAAUUUGUAAAGGGUUGAGGCCAAAGUCUAAUUAUAAGAUUCCUCAAUUAAUUUUUGACAUUAUUAAUCAAUGUUGGGAUGCAGACCCUUUAAAACGACCUAAUGCGGAUUCUGUAAUUUAUGGUCAAGUUAAAGAAGGAGAUGAUAUUAAUAAAAAGUUAUCUUUUUCAUCACCUUUAAUAUCUACCGGGACAAGUAGACUUUUAGAUUUUAAAAAUCUUCCAGAACCAAAAAAUGCUGAUAAUAACGAUGAUUUAAUAGAAUAUUCAGAUUCCUUGAAUAUAGAUUUUACUAAACUUGAUAUUAAUUAUAAAGAUGAAAGUAAUUAAGCUCAAAUUAACAGUUAAAAUAUAAAAGAUAUCAUAUUUUAUUUGUUAAAAAAAAAUC